AUGCCUCCGCACCGUCAUUGUCCAGUAACUUACGAGUCCACGCGUCUCUCAAUGUCGCGUCCCCUCACUGCCGCCGAGCGUCUCAAAUACCGCGGCAUUACCGACUCAGCAACCACAGGUCUGAAAUACGACGAGCUCUACGGCAUAAACACAGCCGAAGAAUUGAUAAUCGCAGAAAUGUAUGGCCGUCGCGCCAUCCCCUCUGACUUGCCUGCCACGAUGUACUUGUUCUCUGUCGGCAGAGGCAAGACGGCAAAGUUCAAUGACGAGUACGUCAAAGCUUCGCGUGCGAGACAAGCAAAAGAAGAGGAAGAAGAUGCGACGGGGGAACUGAAGAGAGUGAGGGAAAGAUAUAUCCCCAAGACUAUGCAAGAAUUGCAUGAGCAAUACUUGAAUCUCAAAAUUCCGAGCACAGAGGAGGAUAAGGAAAAGGUGGAGGUGCAGUUGCAGGAGGUAGCCAAGGACUUUGUGAUUUGGUGUAAUGAGAUGGUGGAGCAGGGAGGAAGAAGGAAGGAAAUGGGCCUUCCUGUGUACUAA